ACAUGUACGUAGACAGAUGUACGUCCAAUAUUUACCUACAAAAUCAACAUUCAUUUGUAUCUCACAGUGAUAUAAAACGCAUCUGGUUCAUCUUAUUACUCCUGACAGUCUCAUCAUCGUCAGAUGCUGUAACCCUGACCGGGUCGUCUGAGUACGCUGUCCCUGGGACUGAGUUUACACUGACGUGUGAUGUACCAGAGGAGGCCAACUUUGUCCAGUUUUACCGCCGUCCUGACGUCACUACUACAGUAGGUAGUAUACAAGUAGGUGGUGACCAAUGUUACAACACCAAUACCAGCCCAGCCGUCCCCUGUACACCGGAUGUCUGUUCCUGUGUAACGUCUGGAGGCCUUGGUACAAUGUUCCGGUGGAUCAUACAGCCACAGACGGGAUACCAUGGAUCUGUGUGGUACUGUAGACGUACCAACCUUAACCUACCUAACGGUGACCAGACACUGGACAGUGAAGACUAUACACUUAAUGUGGCAGGUGGGUAUUAAAUAUUUAAUA